AUGAAUACUGCAGUAGAGAAGACUCAACAACAAAAACAAAAAAAGGAAGAAUGGGAAAAAGAACAGGAAAAGAAAAAUAAAUUACCUGUUUCUUCGCCCAGUAAACAUCUUCGUUUAAUGGGUGUGGCUAGACUUCUUCAACGUAUUCGCAGUAAUGAUAAGGGAUUACACUCUCUUUGUGUAGAACCCGAAUUGUUAUUACUACCAGACACGAGAGAAGCGUUAUUGCAAAACACAACGAUUCGAAGUGUUAUGUUUGAUAGAUUAUCACCAGAGAUUAUCUCAGAAACUGUAUUUGCAAAGUUUAUGGAAUGUUUAUAUCAUUUACCACUGCGAAGUCUACAGGCGGGCGGUCAAUUGAAAUUGCCGAAUACUUAUUUGGCACAUGUAUUGCAUUUGGUAGAGUAUUCCUGCGGGGUUGGGAAAGGCUGCAGUUGGUCUUCAGAAGAAGAAGAAGAGGCAUCAUCAUCAUCAUCAUCUAAUAAUGAAAAUAAUAAUAAUAAUAAUAAUAAUAAAAAUAAUGAUGAAAAUGAGAAUAAUAAUAAUAAGGAUGAUGAUAAUAAUAAUGCGGCCGAUAUGGAAGCAAGAGAUGUAGAAACAAGUAAAGAAGUACCAGCAGCAGCAGCAGCAGCAGAGAAAAAAGAAGAGAAAAAAGAAGAGAGUGAUAGAAAAGUGAAUGCGGAAUUACAUUUUGUGGAUUUCUCUGGGAAUACCUUCACACUCUCAGAUGCGACACGAGUGGGAAAAAUGUUAUUUCACCCGAAAUGUUCACUACGCCGUGUGAAUUUAUCCGAAUGUCGAUUGGGAAAUAAAGGCGUACAGGCAUUAUUACAAGAGGCAGCGGGCAGUCCACGUCUUCAGAGUGUUAAUAAUAAUAAUAAUAAUAAUAAUAAUAAUAAUAAUAAUGUUAAUAAUACUAAUAAUAAUAAUAAUAAUAAUAAUAAUAAUAAUAAUAAUAAUAAUAAUAAUAAUAAUAAUAGUACUAUUAAUACUACUACUGAUAAUACUGAAGUUGUUAAUAAUGAUGUUUGUAGAGAUGCGACGGUGGUGCCAUUGGAGUUGUUGGUACUGCGUUGGAAUGGCAUCACGGAGGAUAAUAGUCUACAAGGACUUCUUGACAUACUGGAGAAUAAUGAAGAUAAUAAUACUAAUAAUACUAAUGAAGAUAAUAAUAAAGAUAAUACUAAUGUAAAUAAUACUAAUAAUAAUAAUAAAGAUAAUAAUAAUAAUAAUAAUAAUAAAGAUAAUAAAGAUAAUGAGAAGGAUGAUCAAUGUAUAAUGUGUGUGGAUGCCUAUGGGAAUUAUCUCUCCCCUGCCCUCUACAGCCGACUGCGGGACCGCAUGGUGAAGUUGUGGCCGCUUCUCAAAGCCCGUGAAGAGAAACGGCGAAAUGAACAUCAACACCUCUUAAGUGGAAAAGAAGAGGAGGAGAAAAAGAAUAAUAAUAAUAAUAAUAAUAAUAAUAAUAAUAAUAAGAAAAGAAACAACGAAGAGGAGGAAGAAGAGGAAAAGAAUAGAAAAUCGCCAGGGGCUUUGGGGUUUCUUCUCUCAUUGGAUGAUGCCUCAACAGCGUCCUUACCGUCUCUUCGCACACUGGUGUCCAUGAUGACAGUGUAA